UAUCGGGCAGAUUUAUGAAAGCUUAAACAUACAUCACUGGAUGUAAUGUGACUCUAUCGAUUUAUAUGGAUUCAAAGGAAAAACAAUCAUCAUUACAACUGGAAAUAUGUUUCAUUGUUCAUAAAUUAUUUGCGGAAGUAGUGAGGAACUGUGAAAUCUAUAUUCGUUAUUUAUGACAGCAAUAUCUUACUUAGAAACGCGUCGUGAAUUAUGCGACCCGUAAUGCAUAACGGCGCGGCGUUCUGUCAAAAUAUGUCUCUUUAGAGACGUUCCGAAUUAAAUUAUCACCAAGAGGGUAAAUUAGUCGGAGAAUUUUCAGAGAGAACAUUGAUUUUUCCUUAAAUUUACGGCUGAACUUCUUGGCGAGGACAAGACUAGUUUGAAUGUUAUAUGCAAUUGGAGGAUUUUGAAAGCAGACUUUUAGUACAAAUUCGUUUUAUAUUUAACAGGAACGUACCAAAAGAUACUGUACCGCAUUUUAUAAGUAGCACGAGGAUAAGAUACGAGAAAAAAGAAACUACAGAUGGGAAAUACCCGAGGUUUAAGUGAUUCUUGCCAAAUGUGUAUAGCUGUGAUACAGGGGAGGGUGCACGCCAAGAGGAAGCUCACGGGAACCUAUACCAGAACUAAGAAAAAGGAUAAGCCUACGGACUCGGAUUCUUGCACAUGUAAAAUUGUCUUUCACAACGGUAAUCUAGCAAUAAUACUAUUUAUAGCAACAUUUAUUCACGUGCUCGUGCCCGCGUGUUAUGCGUGCUACGCGUUCCCGCCUGGAAAGGGCGACCCGUGUGAGGAUAUGAAGUGUCACUACGGCGCCAUCUGUGUUCGGACCAAAGACGGGCUAUCAGCCCGCUGUCAGUGUCAGGACGUCUGCUACAACUUUGGUGACAGCCUGGGGUCGGGGCCUGUUUGUGGCACAGAUGGGAAGGAGUAUGCGAACAACUGUGAGAUGAUGCGGGCUUCGUGUGUCGGCUUAACCGAAAUAUACGUACAGUACUAUGGCAAAUGUGAUCCAUGUGAGGGCUUCUACUGCCCGGGCCAGCAAGUGUGCAAGCAGGACUCGGACCGGAAACCAGUGUGUACGUGUGAGACUACGUGCCCGGAAGAUGUGUCGCACGUGUGCGGGAGUGACGGACAGACGUACAGUAACGAGUGUAUGGUCCGGAAACAGGCUUGCUCGCUGGGCCGGGACAUCGUCGUCAUCUAUCAGGGGAAGUGCAAAGAUAACCAGGGCCCGUGCCGCGGAGUUAGCUGCUCAUUUGACGGGGAGUGUAUUGUGCGGGAGGGCCAAACAUCCUGUGAGUGCCCUGUCUGCACCAUGAAGCCUUAUGAUCCGGUAUGCGGUACGGACGGGAUCUCGUACGAGAACGAGUGUUACCUGCGCCUCGAGAACUGCAAGGAGCAGAAGGCCGCCACCACAGAACACAUGGGCCUCUGUAUGUCCUCUGGUUGUGACAAAGAUCGGUCCGCGUGUAAGCACUAUUCGAUCUGUGACAGAAGUGAACCCAUCCCGAGAUGUGUCUGCCCCACAGGCUGUGCUUCAACAACUGCCCGGGUGUGUGGGACGGACGGUGUGACAUACAACUCCGAGUGUGAGAUGAGGGUCGCCUCCUGUAAGAGCCAGAAAAGCAUCAUUAUAGCCUCCUUCGGCGACUGUGAGGACUGUAAUGGCAUUCAGUGUAAGUACGGGUCUGACUGCGUGUCGGGAAAGUGCGUGUGCCCUCAGAUCUGCCCCACCCGCUAUGAACCUGUAUGCGGCACGGACGGACAGACAUACAGGAGCGAAUGUCACCUCCGCAAGGAGGCGUGUCGCCACGGAACCGACAUAGACAUCAGGCGGAGCGGCGAGUGUGUGGACGUACUGGAGUCAGGAUCCGGGGAAGGUUCAGGCGAGCCCGAGUGUGACGUCACCACGUGCUUCUAUGGCGGUACUUGUCAGCUCAACAUGGACGGCGUGUACGAGUGUAUGUGCUCCUUCAGCUGUGAGGCCAUCAGGUCGCCUGUGUGCGGGACGGACGGACAGACGUAUGGAAACCAGUGUGAGCUGCAGGCCGCUGCGUGUCGCCUCCAGAUCGAGAUUCAGGUCAGCUCUACGGACAGCUGCGACGACAUGGCGGAGGUAUUGUGUGACGGCCUGCCACCUCUCAUCGACACCAUGACCGGGGACCCCUUCACGUGCGCGGCGGCCCCUGAUUGCCCACCUGGAAGUUACUGCCACAAGCAGUUUGGCCGCUGCUGCAGCGAGGCCGUCCUAGAUUCUGACCUCUACAUCCGGGACUGCACCGAGAGCGUGUUUGGUUGCUGUGACGACAUGGUUACUAUGGCACCAGGACCAAACAAGGCUGGAUGUCCAGACCAGUGUCAAUGCAAACCGAUUGGCUCGCUGAGCAGCACGUGCGACCCGAGCACGCGGCAGUGUACGUGCAAGCCCGGGGUGGUGGGGCUGCGAUGUGACCGCUGUGAUAACGGCUACUGGGGGUUGCAGCUAAUACGGGAGGAGAACAACUCGGGAUGCAUGCCUUGUAACUGCCACGAGCUUGGUUCCCGUCGAAAGGACUGUAACCAGAACACGGGGCGGUGCACGUGCAAGGACAGUUAUGACGGACACAAGUGUGGCCGGUGUCGGGAUACUAACCUACCCGCGGGAGACCUCGGCUGUGACGGCGGUGGCCCCGGGUCAUGCGCGGAGUUGCCCUGUGGGUACGGCGCGGAGUGUAUACAUCACGACACCGCGGGCCCGCAGUGUGUGUGCCGUAUAUUCUGCUCCGCUCUAAACUUCCCCGCAGACAGAUACGUCUGUGCCAGUAAUGGCGUCACCUAUCUGAGCGAAUGUAGUAUGCGGCAAGACGCAUGCGCAAAACAGACGGAAAUAUACUUCCGGUACAUGGGGCCGUGCAAAGACUCAUUGACGCUUGGCCCGACGGACGGUCCGUACACGACGUUAAGCCGUAAGACGCCACGUCACAUCCUGCCCGGGCAGCAGCGGUCCAGCAUGACGCCGAGACGUACCGUUAUCACCGUCAAACCGCCAAAACCUGACUUCUCGAAGGGAGAGGGCCGCAUAGACGACCGGUGUCUGACCGGAAACACAUGCUAUAUCCCGAACUCCCACUGCCACCUGGACAUCUGCAAGUGUAACCAGGGAUUCAUACCCACAUACGAAAAUACCGUCUGCUCCAAGGUAAAACAAAGCGCUAACCGCACACAGCCGUCGGAGGAGGCUGACACGUGCACGUUAAACCCGUGCCGGCACGGCGGACAAUGUCGCCUGGAUGAUGAGCUUGGGUACAGGUGUCUGUGUGGCCUCGGGAGGACAGGCGUCAUCUGUAGACAUAAAACGUCAUUCACGAUCCCGUCAUUCUCCGGCGCCUCUUACCUCACUCUGGCUUCUCUCGGCAACAUUUCCGGUAAUUUCUACAUUGACAUUGCCUUCCGGUCAUUCAACGCGGACGGCACACUCCUGUACGCCUCCCAGCACGAGGACGGCACGGGGCAGUUCGUCUCCUUAGCCAUCAGCCACAGCAUGCUCGAGUUCAGGUACGACACAGGAAACGGACCAAAAGAAAUCAUUCAUCCACAGCGGAUAUCGAGAAACACUGUACAUCAGGUGAUAGCGAAGAAGAUGGGCCAGAGCGCGAUGUUGAUCGUCGACAACAAGGAGCCAGUCGCCCAGGUUACCAUCACACCAAGCAACCGCAUCGACCUCUCCGGUAGACUCUUCCUCGGCAACCUGCCGCAAAACUUCAGCUUCGUACAAGAGCGAGUGGGCGUUAACCUGGGUUUUGUUGGCUGUGUCCAUUCCCUGACGGCCGGCCAGACUGACAUGGCCCGCAUGUAUAACCUGCACUACCCACACCCCGCCUCCCAUAUACUUGGCGGGCUAGACGUUGUUCCGUGCGACCAGAACUCGUGCCAGGAGCUUCCGUGCGAGAAUGGUGGCACGUGCAUCAUGGUGGCUACAGACCUGUACAAGUGUAUCUGCCAAAAGGAGUUCACGGGUUCUAACUGCGAGGCGUCUCUGACGGCGUGUGCCAAUAGUCAGUGCCACUCGAGUGCAACGUGCAUUGUGGGUGGGACAGGAGAGGCCACCUGCCACUGUCCAGAGACACGGGAGGGGCAGUUCUGUGAAUACGAGAAGGUUCCGGAGAUUGAGGUGCCGGAGUUUCACGGUGACUCAUACCUCGUUCUUCCGGUAUCAGACAACAUCUCGGAGCAGACCAAUAUUGAGAUAUGGCUCCUCACCAGAGACGAUAAUGGUAUGCUUGUGUAUGCGAGCCAGUACCUCGGAGGGGGUGGGGACUUUAUCGCUCUCAAUAUCGUGGAUCUCACCGUGGAACUCAGAUAUGACCUUGGAGACGGACCCGUCACUCUAAAAAGCGCAGGCAAGCUGGUGGCGGGCCGGUGGCAUCGGGUCACAGUAAAGAGGUUCCGGAAAUCGGCGGAACUCGCCAUAGAUGACGGACCGUCCGUCCGCGGGGAGUCACAGGGAACAUUAACGGGUCUCCAGCUACCAGGCAGCAUUCUCGUCGGCGGCUUCAAGGACACGUUCGACGUGAACCCCGCCACCGGGAUCUCUAAGAAAUUCCAGGGAGUCAUACAGAGGAUAUACUUGAACAAUCGGCUACUGGACGACGUGGUGUCCUCCUCACUGGAACAGUACCACGUGACCCAAUACACUGGCGCCCCCUGUAACCUCAACCCCUGUAUGAACGGUGGGGUGUGCAUUCCCAAACUAGACACCGCGGAAUGUAGGUGUCCGCAGCGCUACAUCGGCCAGUUAUGUGAAAAAGUUGCUGAGAACCUGGAGACGAAUCUCCCGGUGCGCUUCGAUGGGUCUACCGAUCUGCAAUAUCUCAAUGAAAUAACAUCCGGCCAAGAAGCUCAAAAGACGAACAAGUUCCAGUUUAAGUUCCGCACUCACCAGACAAGCGGAAUGCUGCUGUUUCAAGGCCAGGGAACGACAUUGACCUCGGACUAUCUGGUAGUGGCGGUGAGCGCCGGUUACGUGGAACUGAGCUACAAUCUCGGAAAGCAGGGGCCGGACAACCCGGCACGGGUGCGCUCCGGGGUUUAUGUCAGCGACGGGGAAUGGCACACUGUUUAUGUCAACAGGGACCACAGGGAGGGAGAGCUGCAGGUUGACAAGGAAACCAUAGUAACGGUGACGUCGCACGCUGGAGCCACGCAGCUCGACACGGAUGGCAUGUUAUGGCUAGGUGGGCGAGGUGACCUACCGGUUGGGAUGCCCGUUGACUAUACGCGUGGUUUCCAAGGAUGCCUGGGUUACCUGUUCAUCCAAGACAAGGAGCUUCACCUGUACCGCCACCGGAACUCCGUCACUAGCACCAUGGACUUCUGCCACUGACGUCAUACUUCUGCCACUGUCGUCACCGGGUAGCAACAGCUUGACGACACGUGAUUAUGGACCAGUGUGCUUUAAAACUUUAAAAGAGCCAUCAAUCCUUGUAUACAAAACUAGUUAUGCGUAUAAUUAUGAGGUUGUGACUCCGCUUAUAAAAUCACGUGAUACAGACUAGAAACAUGUAUCAACGAUUGUAUGAAUGCCAGUAAUAAGGCGACUAGGAUGUUUGACCAGGCGCCUAGUGAAGUUGACACGUGUGUAGCAGAGCGCGUGACAUAACUAAUCUGUAUAUUAACAAUUAUAUCAACGUUAUGGCGUGAAUGUGUUUUAUUAUAUGUUAAUUUAGCAUCUAUUUUAAAGAAACGAGUGUGUCAGAGUGGCGCUUGUAAACGUGCCUGUGAUUCAUAAGCUAUACUCACAGCGCGGGGACUGGCGUCCUAUGAGUUAAAGCGUGUCAUUUUCCCAGUGAUUAUUGUUAUAUUGAACUUUAAAACUUACCAAAACUAACCUGUUAUAUUAAUCUAUGUUGCCUGUUAAGGAAUCCAUGAAGCCCUGAUUAUGAAGCAACUGUGAAAAUGACCAACAAUAACUUGCUAUUCAGCAGACGUUGAGUUAACGUAAACAUUUGAUAACGAUGUAAUGUUGUGGAAUUCUUUGUACAUAUCUUUAUAUAUACAUGUCUUGAGACAUUCUUUCGCAAUGUUCAUUCUGUGUAAGGUUGUGAGUACAAAUCAUUGUACAUUUUCAUAAACGCUACUUUCAAUGUUUAUAUAUUUUUCAAUAGUUAUCUUUAAGUUAUUACAGUAGAUUUGCACAAGCACUCGAUAUGAAAACUUACAUCUGCUUGCAUCGGGAAUAACGGCAAAAGAUUACAUAAAAAAAUUGUUGCAGAUUGCCAAGAUGAUUGUGUAUAGUAAUAAUUGUACAAAUCACCUCAUUAUUAAACCAAGACGUCAUCAAGAACCUGCAAGCUUACCUGGCGUUAAACGCUUAAAUCUUGACGUAAACGGAAACCAAUCAGCAGCCAAUUGUAAUCUCAAAGAUAAAACUGAAUAACAGGAUGAAAAAACAACGACAGAAUCUUCUGAGCCUGUUGUCAAAGAAAAGAAUCCGUAUUUACAUUUGUCUGUAUUUACCAUGACUUUUGUCUGGUUUAUCAAAACUGAAUUGACAACGCAUUUUGUUUAAAUUAAUUGUAAAAAUUGCAUUAUUUCUAAGUUGAAUUUGAAAAAAAAACAUGUUUGUUCGCCAAAAUUAAGAAAUUAUGCAAGAUAAGUCUGAAUAAUAAAUGCAUAUGCACACAUUUGAUGAAAAGCAGACGAUAUUUUGAAUUAUCGUCUCAAAAUGCUUCAUUUGGUUGAUAGUUUUCACUAUGAAUAUAGCCCGAGAACUUGUUAUGUCUAUGUAUGUUUAUUUCCUUUGACAUUUAAGGGGUGCUCGUGAUUCAUCUAUGGUGGCACAACAAUAUCUACAUAUAAACUUUAUGUGUUACAUUUCAUUAAUUGUAUAUUUUAUUUGUUAUUAAUCCUUUAUAAAAUGUUUUGAAAUAAAAUACAUAUAAAAAAGCUAUUUUUAUACGAUUAAUAAUGAGAAAAACAGCGGAAAAGUCAUGAAAACUUGAUAUCUUUGUCAAUGAUAUUGUCAAUGAUAAUGUUUAAUACAAAAACUAAACACAAGUACAUCAUGAAUAAUCGACCUGCUCCAGAAAUAUUAACAAAUGUGUACACUCCUUGGACCCGUAACAAUAGAUAUAUUAAUCUUCGUCCUCAAAUGGAAUUAUCUAGUGUCUGAUGUUUGUUAG